AUGACCACGAGAGUAGCAAGCCACGCCGGCUCGUGGUACUCAUCUCGAGCCUCAACUCUCUCGAGUGAGCUCGACGAAUGGCUUGCCCAAGUUCCCACGUCCAUCGACGGAAAAGAGCUGCCCGUACCAGGCGCAAGAGUCAUCAUUGCGCCACAUGCAGGCUAUUCCUACUCUGGCCCCGCAGCCGCAUGGGCAUACAAAUCGCUCGACCUCUCGAAUGCCAAAAGAAUCUUCCUCCUCGGACCCUCCCAUGCUCUAUACCUACCCGGAUGCGCACUCUCGAAGCACUCUAAAUAUGCCACGCCGCUGGGAGAUCUGAUUAUCGAUAAGGUGACUGUCAAGGAGUUGCAGGAGACGGGCGAGUUUGAGAAUAUGAGCACUGGGGCAGAUGAGACGGAGCACAGUCUGGAGAUGCACCUGCCCUACAUCUACAAGAUUCUGUCUCAGAAAUUCAAAUCUGCAGCCGAGUACCCUCCUCUGAUUCCGAUUCUUGUUGGCAACACAGAUCCAUCUGUCGAGCGGGACUAUGGCAAAAUAUUCGCUCCUUAUCUCGCCGACCCAAAGUCUAUCUUCGUUGUCUCUUCGGACUUCUGCCAUUGGGGAAGUCGCUUUCAAUACACACGAUACCUUCCAGCAUCUCCCUCUUCAGCAGCCGCAAGUUCGCCGGGAGGAUAUGACUUGAAGAGACACGAUAAGAAGCCCACGAAUCCACCGAUCUACGAGAGCAUUGGACGACUGGAUAAGAUGGCCAUGGACGCAAUCGAGACGGGAAAGCACGAUAAUUUCCUUGGAAACUUGGAAGAAACAAAAAACACAGUGUGUGGAAGACAUCCAAUCGGCGUGGUGAUGGCAGCGAUAGAGGUCCUAGAGAGCGAGGGCAAGGUGACAGGUGAGGGAAAAGGACGAUUCAAGUUCGUCCGAUACCAGCGGAGCAGCGAGGUAGAGGAUAUCUCUGAUUCCUCAGUCAGCUAUGCAAGCGCAUAUGCUGUUCUCUGA